CAGAAGCUUCGGGCUCUGAUUGUUGUUUACGUGUCGCCCGGUCCGGUGGAGUCGUCUUCAUUUGCGCUCUUCUGCUUUUGUGGCCAACUUGAAAGGAACGAACUGACGAACGGAACGGCUCGCCGACAACUGAUCUUGGCCAGGAACGGAGUCUUUGUGUACACCGCAACUACGGCGUUUUGUUUGCCUUUGGUUUCUAAUUGGUUUUGGAGUUGAGACAACAAAAGAGCUAGAAGCGUAGCACUAUGAACAGCAUACACAUGAACGCCAAUACGCUGAAGUACAUCAGCCUGCUGACGCUGACCCUGCAGAAUGCCAUCCUGGGCCUCAGCAUGCGCUACGCCCGCACCCGGCCAGGCGACAUCUUCCUCAGCUCCACGGCCGUACUCAUGGCAGAGUUCGCCAAACUGAUCACGUGCCUGUUUCUGGUCUUCAACGAGGAGGGCAAGGAUGCCCAGAAGUUUGUACGCUCGCUGCACAAGACCAUCAUUGCGAAUCCCAUGGACACGCUGAAGGUGUGCGUCCCCUCGCUGGUCUAUAUCGUUCAGAACAAUCUGCUGUACGUCUCUGCCUCCCAUUUGGAUGCGGCCACCUACCAGGUGACGUACCAGCUGAAGAUUCUCACCACGGCCAUGUUCGCGGUUGUCAUUCUGCGACGCAAGCUGCUGAACACGCAGUGGGGAGCGCUGCUGCUCCUUGUGAUGGGCAUCGUCCUGGUGCAGUUGGCCCAAACGGAGGGUCCGACGAGUGGUUCGGCCGGUGGAGCCGCAGCUGCCGCCACGGCCGCCUCCUCUGGCGGGGCGCCUGAGCAGAACAGGAUGCUCGGACUGUGGGCCGCACUGGGCGCCUGCUUCCUCUCUGGAUUCGCGGGCAUCUACUUCGAGAAGAUCCUCAAGGGCGCCGAGAUCUCCGUGUGGAUGCGGAAUGUGCAGUUGAGUCUGCUCAGCAUUCCCUUCGGCCUGCUCACCUGCAUCGUUAACGACGGCAGCAGGAUAUUCGACCAGGGAUUCUUCAAGGGCUACGAUCUGUUUGUCUGGUACCUGGUCCUGCUGCAGGCCGGCGGUGGAUUGAUCGUUGCCGUGGUGGUCAAGUACGCGGAUAACAUUCUCAAGGGCUUCGCCACCUCGCUGGCCAUCAUCAUCUCGUGCGUGGCCUCCAUAUACAUCUUCGACUUCAAUCUCACGCUGCAGUUCAGCUUCGGAGCUGGCCUGGUCAUCGCCUCCAUCUUCCUCUACGGCUACGAUCCGGCCAGGUCGGCGCCGAAGCCAACUAUGCAGGGUCCUGGCGACGAUGAGGAGAAGCUGCUGCCACGCGUCUAGCUCUGGAGGAAUCCGGAUCUGCCAACAGUAUUUGUCCGCAACCCGGAGGCCGUUCGGUAAUUGCUCUGGUGCAUCCGGUGUCCUUGAUAUUCCCCACGUUCUGUGUGUAUAUAUGUUAUAGUGGAUAUUAACGUCUGGACAAUUCGUAGCACUUUCAGUUGAGACGAUAAUUGUAAUGUAAAGCGAUAAGAAUACUUAAUUAAUUAUGUAAUUUAAAUGUAUUUAGGGUAUUCACUAGCGAAACUAAAGUAUAGAUAAUGAAAUGAUACAGCUUGAAUUGAUCAUUUUGAUUGUUACUUUGCGAAUGCUAAGGAAUGCCAGCAGUAUUUACUGAACACACCACACA